AUGAGAAGCCACCACAGCUCAAGCGAGGACCUACUCCGGAGAUCUUGUCGACUCAAGAGUGGCAUUCUUUCUUUGCUGUUGUUAUUGAGAAGUUGACUGUUCACACUUCAUUCUUUUAUUCGAAAGGAGAUCAGUCAAUUGGAAAAUGAGAUUGAAUGUUGCCAUUUUCUUUGGGGCUCUCUUCGGAGCUUUGGGGGUUUUGCUGUUUUUGGUAGCUUUUGGAUCGGAUUAUUGGCUUCUCGCGACUGAAGUGGGCAGGUGUUCAGGUGAACAGAAUAUAGAGAAUAUCACUUUUCACCACGAAGGAUUUUUCUGGAGAUGCUGGUUCAGUGGCAUUGUAGAAGAGAACAAUUCCAACAUCUGGAAGUUCUGGUACACCAAUCAGCCACCAUCCAAGAACUGCACACAUGCCUACCUGUCUCCAUACCCCUUCAUGAGGGGUGAGCACAACUCUACUUCCUACGACUCUGCCAUUAUUUACCGUGGCUUCUGGGCAGUCUUGCUGCUUCUGGGGGUAGUGGCCGCCUUGACCGCGAGCUUUCUCAUCAUCUGCGCAGCCCCCUUUGCCAGUCACUUCCUUUAUAAAGCUGGAGGAGGCUCCUAUAUUGCCUCAGGUGUCCUGUUUUCCCUGGUGGUGAUGCUGUAUGUCAUCUGGGUCCAGGCGGUGGCUGACAUGGAAAGUUACAGAGCCAUGAAAAUGAAAGACUGCUGGGACUUCACCCCUUCUGUUCUGUAUGGCUGGUCAUUUUUCCUGGCCCCGGCCGGCAUCUUCUUUUCUCUGCUAGCUGGGUUGCUGUUUCUAGUUGUCGGACGGCAUAUUCAGCUGCAUCACUAAGUGUUGCCACUCCGGGUUUCAAGGCACCAUACUUCCGGUUUCCAUUUUGUGUUGGUGAUGAGAAUCAGCAAAAAAUCAGCUGAUGUACAUUGAGAGUUGUUAUUUUUUAAUGAAUCGUUUUCCUUGUGGUUUCCCCUCUAGAACCCAAAGCUGUCUGUGCUGGGGAGGAAUUAGUUCCCUAGGGAGCAGGUAGUGGGCCGGUCAUAGAGUUUGGAGUAAGUGCAGGGUGCAAAUGCAAUCGUCCACCGCGAGCUAAGCUUAGGCUGAACAUCUCCUCGACAUUCACUUCUGCUAUUUUAUUUUUUAAUAAGGAGAGUAAUUAAGACUGGAAAGCAAAUGGCAGAUGACUGAGUCUGUUUCUUCUCCACCUACGUGCCCAUCCACAGACACACACUUAGCCGCCGACUCUGUGAGCAAAUGAUUCAUCAUUUAAAAAUAGAUAGCUGUUGUUCUUGCUGUCGGAACCUGAGUUCAAAUGGGCCACAGCAGUAGUACCAAAUGUACUUAUUCUAGUUUAUUACCGGCUGUGUCGUCUGAGUUUCCUUUCGUCAUUAUGCAUGCUUCCAGAAACCUCACACCAUUGAAAGCAGCACAUCCACACGUCAAAGUGUAUAUAAUGCAGAUUAGAACUGUAGGAAGGUACAGGGGCCUAACCCUGGAUUGUAAUACCGUUUAAAAUAUGGAAAAGCCAAGCGCCUCAUCUGAGCACAUAAUUCUGUUUGAUAUUUUAAAAUUCCCAUUUAAUACUUAAAUUGCGAAGAUGUUCAGCACAUUUAAAUUUAUUGAGAGAACGUGCUUUUAAUAUUCCCCAGCUAUAAAGUUUCCAGAUAUUUCCAUGUGAGGAUUGUAAUCGUCUUGCUUUAUGAAGACCAUGGCAUAUUAACUUUCCCCGACAUUUUACAGGAUCCAGUUCUUCCGAUCAUUCGAUUCUCAUAUUGUCCCUCAAUUUCUCCCUCUUUGCAGUAGAUGCAUUAACACUCACAGAUCCACAAUUUCCUCUAACCUCCUGCAAGAAAAGGUUUUAUGGGGGAAACAUAAUUCUUUAUCAUUCACUAGCACAUCCAUUUUGCAUAUCAAAGAGUUUCAUUUGCCAGGAUUGUUGAUUGAAAUCAAGCCCAUCUGAGAGGCUUCCCUCUGCUGGUACUUGUGUUCUGGAAGUUUCCAUCAAGGAGAGGUUUGGUGUUAGUGAUGAACAGAGAAAUACACAGCACUCGAUCUUUGUUCGGGACCUAGUGAUGCCUUCUGCUGUUGUAGCAAGAAGGAAAGGCAGCACUGAGGCAGGGGGAUGACCAUCUGGAAAGUGGUCUGGGAAGGAGGGUUAGGUUUUCUGCCCUGUUGUAAGUACAGUGGUGAAACUGUCUCAAACUUCCUCACAGCCUGCUAUAUACACGGGGAGAACUGGAAGAGUAGCAGGAGCUUGAGGUGUCUACUCGCUAUGAGGGCAUUUUAGUGACCAGACUUGCCUGAAAUAGAAACAGCUGUUUGUAAAGCUCCAGGGGUUUAGCUCAUCUCACAAGUAACUUCAAGGACACUGAUGUAUUUUCGUGCUAUUUUCCCUUUGUCAUCUUCUGUUUCCUUUUGAUAUUGCUUCAUUUCUUUGGCUUGGUUAUCAGAAAAAUAAUUCUGGGUUCUGUUAUGCAUAUUGCCCGUGAUAUUAAGCUAUGGCAUGCGAUUAACUUUUCCAGACGAUGCUUAGAUGUAUCUGGUUAGUUUGUGUCAUCUGAACACGCAAUUCUUUUUUGUAGAACUUUGGAAUGGAACCUUUUUCCGGACUGUAUGCCAUUUAAAUUUCACAUGCAAGCUGUUUCUAGUAAAAGUUUGAAUAUUUAUAAACUUCA